CCGCGCACGGCAGCGAUGAUCGCCCGUGGCCGCUCCGGACUCUGCCUCGCUCUCUGCACCCUGGGGCUGGCACUGCUGGGGGAUGUGUCCCGGGCCGUCCCCAUGGACGAUCAGGAUUAUUACCUGCAGGAAAUCACCAACAGGGAUCAUUAUUACUCCUUUCCGUAUCCCGGGGAAGAGUUCUUUCCUUUCACGGAGCAACCCGGAGAGGAAGGACCUAUCCGUGCUGCUGAGAGAGAGGAGCAGCCAGGGUUCAAACCGAGCAGGAAGGAGUUAAAACAGAAGAAAAACAACAAAAAAGGAAAACCCAUUCUUGAACCGCCACCAGAUUGCCCUCCACUCGGUCUGGAGACAUUGAAAAUUACUGACUUCCAGCUCCAUGCCUCCACGGCCAAGCGCUACGGCCUCGGGGCCCACCGAGGGAGGCUCAACAUCCAGGCAGGUGUUAACGAAAAUGAUUUUUAUGAUGGUGCUUGGUGUGCAGGAAGAAAUGACCCCUACCAGUGGAUUGAAGUCGAUGCUCGAAGGCUGACAAAAUUCACUGGAGUCAUCACCCAGGGAAGAAACUCCCUCUGGUCGAGUAACUGGGUGACCUCUUACCGAGUGUUGGUGAGCAAUGACAGCCAUGCAUGGACUGCUGUGAGGAAUGAGUCUGGAGAUGUGGUUUUUGAAGGGAACAGCGAGAAGGAGAUGCCAGUGCUGAACAUGCUGCCGGUGCCGCUGGUGGCGCGUUACAUCCGCAUCAACCCGCGCUCCUGGUUCCAGGAGGGCAGCAUCUGCAUGAGGCUGGAGAUCCUGGGCUGCCCCUUGCCAGACCCAAACAAUUAUUACCACAGAAGAAAUGAAAUGACAACCACUGAUAAUCUGGACUUUAAGCAUCACAACUACAAGGAGAUGAGGCAGCUGAUGAAAACUGUGAAUAAAAUGUGCCCAAAUAUCACAAGAAUUUACAAUAUUGGAAAAAGCCACCAAGGACUGAAGCUGUAUGCAGUGGAGAUUUCUGACAACCCAGGAGAACACGAAGUUGGAGAGCCAGAAUUCCACUACAUUGCAGGAGCUCAUGGGAAUGAAGUGCUUGGCCGAGAGCUGAUCCUUCUGCUCAUGCAGUUCAUGUGCCAGGAAUACCUGGCUGGGAACCCACGCAUUGUGCACCUCAUCCAGGACACCAGGAUCCACCUGCUGCCCUCAGUGAACCCUGAUGGAUAUGACAAGGCCUAUAAAGCGGGUUCAGAAUUGGGGGGCUGGUCUCUAGGACGAUGGACUCAGGACGGCAUUGACAUCAACAAUAACUUCCCUGACCUAAACUCUCUGCUCUGGGAGUCAGAAGAUCAGAAGAAAAGUAAAAGAAAAGUUCCAAACCAUCACAUCCCGAUCCCUGACUGGUACCUGUCCGAAAAUGCCACUGUGGCGGUGGAGACGCGGGCGAUCAUCGCCUGGAUGGAAAAAAUCCCUUUUGUGCUGGGGGGCAACCUGCAGGGGGGAGAGCUGGUGGUGGCCUAUCCCUACGACAUGGUGAGGUCCAUGUGGAAAACCCAGGACUACACACCCACCCCUGACGACCACGUGUUCCGCUGGCUGGCCUACUCCUACGCCUCCACACACCGCCUGAUGACGGACGCCAGGAGGAGGGCCUGCCACACCGAGGACUUCCAGAAGGAGGAUGGCACUGUCAACGGAGCCUCGUGGCACACCGUGGCUGGAAGCAUCAAUGACUUCAGCUACCUGCACACAAACUGCUUUGAGCUCUCCAUCUAUGUUGGCUGUGACAAAUAUCCCCACGAGAGCGAGCUGCCAGAGGAGUGGGAAAACAACCGCGAGUCCCUGAUUGUUUUUAUGGAACAGGUCCAUCGUGGCAUCAAAGGCAUUGUGAAAGAUGUGCAUGGGAAGGGAAUCCCAAAUGCUGUUAUUUCAGUGGAAGGUGUUAACCAUGACAUUCGCACAGGAGCUGACGGGGAUUACUGGCGUCUCCUCAACCCGGGCGAGUACGUGGUGGGCGUCAAGGCCGAGGGCUACACCGCCGCCACCAAGACCUGCGAGGUGGGCUACGACAUGGGCGCCACCCAGUGCGACUUCACCAUCUCCAAGACCAACCUGGCGAGGAUCAAGGAGAUCAUGAGGAAGUUUGGGAAGCAGCCCCUGAGCCUGGCGGCGCGCCGGCUGCGGCAGCGGGCGCGGCGGUGGCAGCGGCGGUAGAGCGCGGCGCCAGCUCUGCUUCUCCCAGCCUGGCUGUAGUCGUAGUGAGAGUUACGUAGCCCAUCUCUUCAUGCCUUUUUCUCUGCACCGUGAGGCCUUGCUGUUUGUGGAGCUGGA